UUUUGACCCGUGAUCAUCCACGUCUGGAUCUUGGUGUUCGGUGCUCUACUUGUUCAGCUUUAGAGUCCCUCGUGAAUGCUUUUUCACCUUCUGAUCCCAGUUUCGGUGUGAUGCAUUUUUUUCCCUGAAAGAUGCCAUUUCUAACUCCGGGAGCAACGUCCCUCAGGUGCAUGUUGGGGAACAGAUCGGUGGUUCUCAGUAGUCAGCCUUUCCCUAUUGAACAUCUUAAGAAUAUCUGAGCCUCCACAUAUUGAUCUGUUUUGAGAAUAUUUGGGAAACUAAAAUGAGAAGUCGUAUCUGGAUGUCAGUAGCUAAGAUGUUGGAAAAAUUAAUCAACUCGGUGACGGUCCGGAAUGAAACUGUCCGCCAGACUCUGGCAGAAGCCCUGGCGACCUUCCUCUUGAUGGUUUUUGGCCUCGGCUCCGUUGCGCAAGUCGUGUUGGGAAGGAAAAACUUUGGAGAGUAUUUGAGCAUCAAUCUAGGAUUUGGGUUUGGUGUCAUGUUGGGGAUCCAUGCUGCUGGUGGAAUCUCAGGUGAGUCUAGCAGAUAAAGGGUGGGGUGGCUUGAUCCAGAAUCCAACCUUCUCUAUUAGCCUUCCCCAACAUAGUAUCUUGCACACCCUGUCUUGAAACUACAAUUCUCAGGGCUCUCAAGCCCCAGGGCUCAGUGUUCUAGCUCAGCGUUUCUCAACCUCAAGGGGCCACCGCUCGACCCAACUAAU